AUGCUCGAUCGAUUCCUGGCAACCCCCACGCUGCUCACGGCAGGGGACCCCCCUACUGCUCACUGCUCAUACGCCCUGGACCCCCCGCUCCUCGACCAGGCGGCUGCCCUGUCGUCACACCUGCCGAUCGCCUGCCGGAUCCGGAACAGCAUAAACUACUCACCCCCCAAACGACUGCGCCACCAGGCAAGACCGAGGUUUCCCCUUGACCGCGAGGCCUGCAUGCCCUUCCUCCUGGAGUUCCAGCGGCGGUGCGAGUACGGCGAGGAACCAGCCGUGCAAGAAACAGAGCAACUGCCGGCAAAAUAG